AUGGAUCUCAUACCUCGUUCUAUAAUUCGUACUUUGUUCAGAUUUUGGACAGAGCUAACGAGUCAAUCGAGCUCGUUAGCGAUUCACGAAUUGGAAGUCGCCAAAUAUAAAACAUUCGCUUCUCUACAAUAUCUUACAUGUUUAAUAGUAUUGCCUUGGGCAAUUUCAAUUUCAUUACAGAACAGUUUAGAAUCUUGGGUUACAAAUUGGUGGAAUACUGGUCAAUCAAAAAAAAUUUUUGAUUAUUUACAAGAAGAAAACGCUAUAAGAAAAUUUGAAAAAAUAGAAGAACUAUUCCUGUUAGAAAUAAUGGUGAAAGAUUAUUCAGAAACGCCUUCACAAGAUAUUCGUGUAGAGAUGCAGAAAAAGAUGAUCCAAUUGGUCAAAAUAUAUAAUCAAGAUUGUAUCCACAUCAUCUCACAUUUAUUAGCAAAUCUAAUAGGUUUGGUUCUUCUAAGUGUUUGUCUCAUUCUGGGUAAGAAGAAACUUGGCAUUCUAAAUUCUUGGAUCCAAGAAGUCUUCUACAGCCUAAGCGACACAAUGAAAGCUUUUUCUAUUCUUUUAGUAACCGAUCUAUGUAUUGGGUUUCAUUCGCCCCAUGGUUGGGAACUGAUGAUCAAUUGGAUCUUCGAAAAUUAUGGAUUUGCUCAUAACGAACGAAUAAUAUCUGGUCUUGUUUCAACUUUUCCAGUCAUCUUAGACACAAUUUUCAAAUAUUGGAUCUUCCGCCGUUUAAAUCGUAUAUCUCCUUCACUUGUAGUAAUUUAUCACUCGAUGAAUGAAUAA